GACUCAAUUACAGGAGAAACUGUGGAGCUUUUAGAGCCUUACCUGGAUAUGGAGGAUUAUAAUCUUGAGACUGCUAAAAAAGUGUGUGGAAAUGUAGCAGGUCUUUGCUCAUGGACACAAGCAAUGGCUUACUUCUAUGGUAUUAAUAAAGAAGUUCUUCCUCUUAAGGCAAAUUUAGCAUUGCAAGAGGGGAGACUUGCAGCUGCCCAAACAGAACUGAAUAAUGCACAAAUUCAGCUGGAUGAGAAGCAAAUGGAAUUGGAUAAAGUACAAGCCAUGUAUGAUACUGCUAUGAAGGAGAAGCAGGCCUUACUUGAUGAUGCUGAGGCAUGCAGAAGGAAGAUGAACAACGCCACAGCUCUGAUUGAAGGAUUAGGUGGAGAAAAGAUUCGUUGGACGGCAAGCAGCAAGAACUUUCAAAAUCAAAUUAUUAAUUUAGUGGGAAAUGUUCUUCUCGCCACUGGAUUUCUCUCUUACUCUGGACCUUUCAAUCAGGAGUACAGGAAUUUGCUGCUUCAAUUGUGGAAGAAAGAAAUGGACAACAAUAAGAUUCCAUACAGUAAUGACCUGAACCUCACUGAUAUGCUUGUUGACAAUGCUACAGUGGGUGAAUGGAACCUCCAUGGUCUUCCAAAUGAUGACCUUUCAAUUCAGAAUGGCAUAAUCGUCACAAAAGCAUCUAGAUACCCUUUGCUGAUUGAUCCACAAGGUCAGGGAAAGAUCUGGAUUAAAAAUAAGGAAAAGAAUAAUGGACUCCAGGUUACAACUAUGAACCACAAGUUCUUCAGAAGUCAUGUAGAAGACUGCCUGUCCCUUGGCCGACCUCUGUUAAUUGAAGAUGUUGGAGAGGAACUUGAUCCUGCUUUAGAUAACAUCUUGGAAAAAAAUUUCAUAAGAUCUGGUUCAGCACACAAAGUGAAAGUGGGUGACAAGGAGGUAGAUCUGAUGAAGGGGUUUACCCUUUAUAUUACAACAAAAUUGGCUAAUCCUGCUUAUACUCCAGAAAUUAACGCAAGAACAACUGUGAUUGACUUUACUGUUACUAUGAAAGGGCUGGAAGAUCAGCUGCUUGGCCGAGUCAUCCUCACAGAAAAACAGGAACUGGAGGCAGAAAGAGUCAAACUGAUGGAAGAAGUGACAUCUAACAAGAAGAAAAUGCAGGAGCUUGAAGAUAAUCUACUCUUCUGCCUAACCACUACAGAGGGCUCUUUGGUUGAAGAUGAGUCUCUGAUAGAAGUCCUAAGAAUCACUAAAACAACAGCAGAAGAGGUCAGUGAAAAAUUAAACAUAGCAGCGGAGACAGAGGUGAAAAUCAAUACUGCACGUGAAGAAUAUCGGCCUGUUGCUGGACGUGGUAGCAUCCUUUAUUUCCUAAUUGUGGAAAUGAGCUUGGUUAAUGUUAUGUACCAAACGUCUUUGCGGCAGUUCCUUGGCAUUUUUGACCUAUCAGUGGAAAGAUCUCAGAAAUCUCAGAUCACAGCAAAAAGGGUAGUAUAUGUAAUCGAGCAUCUCACCUAUGAAGUCUUCAAGUACACUGUUCGAGGGCUGUAUGAAAAUCACAGAUUCCUGUUUACAUUGCUUCUGGCACUGAAGAUUGACUUGCAGGCCAAGAAAAUUUCACACGCUGAGUUUGAGACACUGAUCAAAGGAGGUGCCAGUUUGGAUCUGAAUUCCGUGGAACCAAAACCAAAAAGAUGGAUCCUUGACAUGACAUGGCUCAAUCUUGUGCAGUUAUCUAGCUUGUACCCUUUUAAUCAACUUCUGAUGCAAGUUGUUAGGAAUGAGAAGUCUUGGAAAGCUUGGUUUGAUGAAGAAGCACCUGAAAAAGCUGUUAUUCCUGAUGGGUAUGGCAGCUUACUGGAUCAAUUCCGUAAACUGCUCCUUGUCCGGAGCUGGUGCCCUGAUCAUACUGUUGCCCAAGCUCGACACUACAUUGCAGAAUCACUUGGAGGGAAAUAUGCGGAAGGAUUUAUUCUUGAAAUGGAAGCAAUGUGGACAGAAAGUGACUGUCGAACACCUUUGACAUGCUUUUUAUCAAUGGGGUCUGACCCCACCGAAAAUAUAGAACGUCUUGCAAAAUCAAAGAACAUUCCCUGUCGUGCCAUUUCAAUGGGCCAGGGCCAGGAAGUCCAUGCAAGGCGCCUCUUAAAUCAGUGCAUACAAGAUGGCGGAUGGCUCCUGCUACAGAACUGCCACCUUGGCUUGGAGUUUCUUAGUGAGUUAAUGGACACCAUCACAACAACAGAAUCUAUGAGUGAAGGUUUCAGAAGCUGGAUCACUACAGAGGCUCACCCAGAGUUUCCUAUUAAUCUUCUACAGUCCUCUAUCAAAUUUACUAAUGAACCUCCUCAAGGUGUGAAAGCUGGCUUAAAACGAACAUAUUCAGCUAUUACUCAGGAUCACCUAGAAGUGAGCAACAUGCCACAGUGGAAACCAUUGCUAUAUGCUGUAGCAUUUCUUCACACAACUGUUCAGGAAAGACGAAAGUUUGGUCCAUUGGGCUGGAAUAUUCCUUAUGAAUUUAAUCAGGCGGACUUCACAGCCAGCAUCCAAUUUGUUCAGAAUCAUUUGGAUGAUAUAGACAUUAAACGUGGAGUGAACUGGAGCUGUGUUCGCUAUAUGCUUGGAGAAGUACAGUAUGGUGGCCGUGUAACUGAUGACCUUGACAAAACACUGCUGAAUACAUAUGCAAGAGUGUGGUUUGGAGAACAUAUGUUUGGUGAAAAAUUUUGUUUCUACAAAGAUUAUGUUAUUCCAAAAGGGAAAACAGUGGAAGACUAUCUCCAGUACAUAGAGCAAUUGCCAGUGAUUGAUACACCAGAGGUAUUUGGACUUCACUCUAAUGCAGAUAUAACUUACCAGACUAACUUGGCUAAUGAGACAUUAAGUACAAUCGUGAGCAUCCAGCCCAAAGACAGCAGCACUGGAGGAGGGGAAACCCGAGAAGCAGUGGUGCAGCAUCUUGCUGAUGAGAUGCUAGAGAAGUUACCUCCAGAUUAUAACCCUCAUGAGGUGAAAGCCCAGCUUCAAAAGAUGGGAGCUAUUCAACCCAUGAACAUAUUUCUCCGUCAAGAAAUUGACUGCAUGCAGUGUGUUAUCUCAAGAGUUCGAACUACACUGACUGAUCUCAAAUUGGCUAUCGAUGGAACCAUAAUUAUGUCAGAAGAACUGCAAGAUGCUUUAGAUAACAUGUAUGAUGCUAGAAUUCCAAAACUAUGGUUUAGGAUUUCUUGGGAGUCAGCUACUUUAGGAUUUUGGUUUACUGAGCUUCUUGAAAGAAACCAACAGUUCAGCAGUUGGCUGCAGGAUGGACGACCAAACCAGUUCUGGAUGACAGGGUUCUUUAAUCCACAGGGAUUCCUAACUGCUAUGAGACAAGAGACAACUCGCAUGAAUUUAGCAAAAGGGUGGGCACUUGACAGUGUUGUUUUACACAAUGAAGUGACCAAGAUGAUGAAAGAAGAUGUUACUGGCCCUCCUCCUGCUGACAUUGGUGGGGUUUACAUAUGUGGCCUUUUCCUCGAAGGAGCAGGUUGGGACCGCAGAAACAGUAAGCUGGUCGAGUCUGCACCAAAGGUGCUCUUCACAAGUCUUCCUGUAGUCCAUGUGUAUGCUGUUAGCACAACAGCACUACAUGAUCCAAAGAAGCAAGAAGGAAGUGUGUACUGCUGCCCUGUCUACAAAAAGCCUCGGAGAACAGAUCUGACAUACAUUUUCUCUUUGUAUCUGAAAACAAUGCAGAAUCCUGAUCACUGGACUUUACGGGGAGUUGCACUGCUCUGCAAUUCAAAAUAAGGACACACAGAUAGCUGUGAAGAAGGAACCACCAAGGAAGAUUAAUCUGCAGCCAGUAGGACUUCUGUUGUUGUUGGCAAAGUGGUGGCUACCUUCUCAUAGCGGUAUGGGAAUUAACAAGUGACAUACAGAGAUUGUGUUAAUUACACAUAGAUCAGUUUACUCUGUUCACAGAAAAAACCUAAAUGUAUUUAACCUAGGAAUAUCAGAGGGAAAACAGUUGCAGAUGUAAAAUUUGACAACUGUUAUAAAGCAGAAAAUAUAAUCAACUAGCUUGCUCAUGAUGGAAAUGCUAGGAACAAAGUGCUUAUGAUAGUCACAACUGCUCUAACAUUUGUGGUGGUUCUUUUGUAGAUGUUGUCUUUUCUUAAUACAAAACUUCUUCAUAAUAUAAGUCUUUUUAAAGUCAACUUUGUAGUUAAAAAUUUAUCAUCCAUAGCAUUAUUAAAGCUGUAAUGAAAACUGAAUUAAACAUAUGGUAAAACUUUAU